GGUGCAUAUCUUUAUACGAAUGUCUUUGAUUGUGCAUGUGUGUCUUGUGUUUAGUUGUAAACAUUUGUGUAUAGUGUAAAUCUAGCGAUCAUGGUGAAAUUAACGCCGGACUUGAUUUAUCAAGCUAUGCAGUACAUUAACCCUGUAAGAGAUCGCGAAUUGGAUUUAAGAGGUUACAAGAUACCAGUCAUCGAAAACAUGGGAGCGACUUUGGAUCAGUUUGACUGUAUAGAUUUUUCAGACAACGACAUCAGAAAGUUAGAUGGAUUUCCACUUUUGAAACGUCUGAAAUGGCUGUUACUAAAUAACAACAGAAUUGUUCGUAUAUCUGAAGGUUUGGAAAAGUCCUUACCAAGUUUGGAGACGCUUGUGUUAACCGGAAAUCAAAUACAGGAACUGGCAGACUUGGAUCCACUGGCAAGCAUCAAAUCACUAAGAACUCUAAGCCUUCUGCAUAAUCCAGUGACUACGCGACAGCAUUAUCGUGCAUAUGUUAUUUUCAGAAUACCACAUUUGCGUGUACUGGAUUUUCGAAAAAUCAAAAUGAAAGAGCGAGAAGAUGCAGCUGCUCUAUUCAAAAGCAAGAAAGGCAAGGAGCUGCAGAAAGAGAUUGCCAAAAAAGCAAAAAAUGCAUUCCAGAAUGCCGCUGCUGCAGGAUCUUCAGAGGAGCAGAAGCCUACAGGACCCACUGCAGAAGAGCUGUGGAAGAUUAGAGAAGCUAUUUCGAAGGCCAGUUCAUUAGAAGAAGUGGAAAGGCUCAACAGACUACUUCAAGCUGGGCAAAUACCUGGGAGGGCACAUCCUCCAGGAGUUUCGCAAAUGGACGAAGAGAUGGAAGAAGAGGAGUCGUCACACAACCGCUCGAUGAUGAAUGGGAACUGAAGUGACAUUGCUUUUGUGAGUUAUGUUGCUGAAAACUAUUAAUAUCUUUAAGAACCGUUUAUUCUUAUGACAUUUGUGAACAUGAGUAGUCUCCCUGUUUAAUAUAUUAAUCAGUUUUGUCGGCACAAAACAUUUAUGUAAUUUGUCUUAAAGUGUAUCUCAAAGGUACUUCCUUUCAUUUUAUUAAAUUCUGAUUGUGGAAAUGGAUGUGUAGAGACUUAUAUUCGAAUGUGAAACAUAAGUCAAUUUGAUAUAUAUGAUUUGUGCUAUUUGUAAGCUUAUACUUUAAUUUAUAUUACAUUGGAAGUUUAAUUUAUGUAAUUAUGUAAAAUAUUCACUACAUUCUCUUAAAGUACAAACAGAGAGAUAGCCCCCUAAUAAAGUUUUGUUAUAAAAUGCGACUACUGACACCAUGCUUCUGAAUUAUUUAUGAUGUUAUUGUGCAGAUUAUAUCUCUUAAUUUAUUUGAUUUUUGGGUAAAAGUUAAACAUUGGACCCCCUUGCAUAUUUCAAUAUGGUGUGGAUGCGAAGAUUAUGCUUCGCUACCAGUCAGUUUGAUACCAAAAUCAGAUUUUCUGCUUCCUCACAAAGAUGUGGAGCAGCACUACAGACCACUCUGUGACUAGAAUCAAGAUUUCAAGAUGGGACUGAUACAUAACUUAACCUGAUUUUUUGGGAUUUAAGUUGUCUUUCCCAUUUGGCAGCAAGUAAUAUGUCUAGUGUAGAAUUAAAUGAGUUUCUUAAAUAUUCACUGUGUGUGCAGACUCAAUGCUUGCAACUUUGUUACAUUGUUGGCAACAUUUGACCCAUACUGUGUUGUGGUAAUGUGAUGUAGAUAUUUGUAUAGUUGAAUCUAUUAUACCGGUAAUGCACUUGACUUUGCCUUUGCUGCUAGUUCAUGCAGUAUCCUAGGAAAGUUGUAAGUACAAAAAUGGAAUGUGAUAUGUAGCAAUUUUAUGUGGGAUUGUGCCACAGCCUUCAUGCAAUUAUUGAAUAUAGUCAUUUUCAAAUAUAGCUGUAAAAAUGACUUUUGUGAUUGCAAUUUUGAGUAUUACUCGUGUUCAGGCAGACAUUUCAAAUGCAAAUGUGCACAGUCAAUAGACCCAAUGCCAAGCAAGUCAGAACAGUGUCCAAGUGAUAGAAUGCACAAACAAAAAAUAAGAUGUAAUUCAUGUGGAUUGGUGUAGAGAAAUCAUGACAACCUAAAGUUGGUGGUUACACAAGUUUUCAAAAGGUGUUCCAUGAGAUCACAAAACCUGUAUUUUAGCGCAAUG